UUGAGGCGCGGUCUAUUCUUCUCGCACCGCGAUCUGGACCGUGUCCGUAACUUCCAAGGGAAGACCCGCCUCUUCUUCCUCUAUACCGGCUGCAGGCCCUCGUCUGAUAGUAUACACAUUAGCCACACAAUCCCCCUUAAGUUCAAGAGGUGGCUGCCUCGGUUUGGCAGCCAGGGGCUGUGGGACGCGGCGUGCCAUUUCCGAUGA